AUGUCCUUCACCGCCCGCACCAUGGCAACCAUCCAAGGCCUCCUCAUCCCCUGGCGAUUCCUAUCCCUCUCCGCCUCCUUCAUCCCUCCAACCCUGCAGACCCUCUACCACGAGCACGGCGGCCUCCUGGGCCUCCUCACCCUCCUGCUCUUCUCCCCCUCUUACUUCCACACCCGAUGGUUCACGAACUUCUGGUCCUGGUUCGGGCCGAACGUCCGGCGCAACGCCGGCGCGCUCGUGGUGCCUCUCCUAGAAGGCCGCACGCACAACGGACGCGUCGUGGACGGGGGAGCCGCCACGGGCCCCGGGAUCGGGGGCGUGGUGAUGGAGAUUGGGGCUGGGAGCGGGCUUUGGGUCGAUGUGUUUUCGGAUGACCGGUACCUCCCUGCUGCAGCAGAAGGCGGUGGUAGUGGUGGUGCUGGUGGUAAUGGUGUUGGAAGAAAAAGGAUCACGCGCGUCUACGGCAUCGAGCCCAGCGCGGACCAGCACCCCAAACUACGACAAGCGGUCCGCGACGCGGGGCUCGAGGACGUGUACGAGAUCGUGCCUGUGGGGAUCGAAGAUCUCGACACCACCAAGAACAAGAAGUGGGACGGCCACAUCGAAAAGGGCAGCGUCGACUGCAUCGUCUCGGUGCUGUGCCUGUGCAGCAUCCCCGAGCCCGAGCGCAACGUCCGCGAGCUGUACGGGUACCUGAAGCAGGGCGGCCGCUGGUACGUGUACGAGCACGUGCGGACCGAGCACAGCUGGUACAUGCUGUUGUAUCAACGCUUCAUCAAUAUCUUUUGGCCUUACUUCCUGGGAGGCUGUCUGCUCUGUAGACCGACGGAAAGGACCCUGAGAGAAGCUGGUCACUGGUCUAAGAUUGAUGUUGACCAGCCUGCGAGUUCGGCGUGGCAUGACACUUUGCCACACAUUCUGGGCGUCUUCACAAAAUAA